UUGACGCCCGUCGGACAAGUGGCACCUCCCCAGUUUAAAGUGGUUUUUCAAGGGCAGGGCGAGAGGGAGCGGCCUGUUUGCUGCGCGGCACACUCGGCUCAUGGAACCCACGGCUGCCCAAGGCACCACCUUGGUGGAUUUGCUGCGCGAGGCGGCUGCGGAGGUGAUUGAUGGCGAUGCCAAGCAGGAGCGGUCCGUGGUGCGCAGGACGAGGGAGGCCUUCACCCGCAGGGCACCCCGGUUCAGGCUUGCUGCCAGGUCUGCUUCAGCUGAUAUCAUGCGGUGGAUGCACCGGGGAGGACCAUGGCGAGCGUUUCUCGUCAGCACCCUUGGCAUCGUGGUGUUUGUUUCUCUGGCAGCGCUCGCUACGUUCAUCCUGUUUCUUGUCACUGCCACAGCCAACGCUGUCGCCAUAGGAUUCCUGAUGUCCGUCACUGGAAUAGGAGCUUUCGUGGCGCUCUUCUUCAUGAUGCUCACGGCCGUCUACAUCGGUGCACUUGUAACAGCUGCCGUGGCAAUCUCCUGCAUUGCUCUCUGCACAAUCGGUGCAGCCAUCCUAGUUACAGCUUGGAUCUUGUUCUGGUGGUGCUUGUGGCAAGGAGCGAAAAAAGCGACUGACUUUGUGCGAGGAUCAUUAGCUUUGACAGGUUCGGCCCUUUCGGCAGUUUCAGCAGCGGGACCAACUCAGGUUAUUGCAGUGGAGAAGUGACUUUGGUGUUUCGUGAAAAACAGCUAUGGCUCUUCAUGAUGCCUGCUCCUUCUGUUUCUGCUGAGCAGCAAUAGCAGCUAUCACUUCCUGCU